UUCUGUUCUCGUGAAGAAAACGUACAAAACGUCUUUACUGUAACUUGAUAAUUAUUCAAGACGAUUCAAACGCGGAGCUCAAAGUUCAAUGCAACAACUGUUUAUUGUAUUCUUUGAAAGUUUUCUGGAUUUUUUUGUUCGAGUGUUACGAAUCUUGUCAGUUUCCUGAAGAACAAAAACUGGUCCGAACCGAAUGUGAUCGUUAGAUAUAUUUAAUUCCGUUAAGAUAAAGUAAUAUUUUCCAAGUGCGCCACGUGUUGUCGGUGAACGAUUCAAAAAUCCGCCUCCAGUCUACUCGAAUUCCGCGCCGUAGUUGAUUUCCCGGGUGACAAGGGAUCACGUGACACGAUCUCACCCGAACUACCGCUCGUCUCGACCGAGGUUAUAAAUAUCUGCGGCCAGGAAGCGGGGACUCUCUUUUACUUUCAACACUGUACCAUGGUGCGUUCGCUUCGCGAUCUCUGCUAUUACGUUCUGUGCUGUGCUGGUGUAAGGGUAAGGUAAGCUCACGCGAGACCAAAGUAGAGGGUGUACGAACCGAACAGUUUACCACGGCCGAUUCCAUCAAUCAAACCAGGCGAAUUAGUAACCGAAGUCACAGCACGUGACUAGAGACCAGCUAAACGAGAAGAAGAGCUCAGCUAUCGGAAAGAAAAUGCCGGAGACCGCUCACCACAUGAAUGGAUACGCGAAUGGGCACACACCGCCUGAGCUACAACAGGAUACCAGUUUUCUUUUCACCUCGGAGUCCGUUGGCGAGGGCCAUCCAGACAAAAUGUGUGAUCAAAUAAGUGAUGCCAUUUUGGAUGCACAUUUGAAGCAAGAUCCUGAUGCAAAAGUUGCAUGUGAAACUGUAACGAAGACUGGAAUGGUACUAUUGUGUGGUGAAAUUACGUCGAAGGCAGUGGUAGACUAUCAAAAAAUUGUUCGAGACACAGUCAAACAUAUCGGCUACGAUGAUUCGUCCAAAGGAUUCGAUUGGCGUACGUUGAACCUUUUGGUGGCGAUCGAACAACAAUCUCCAAAUAUCGCUGAUGGUGUUCAUGUGGACAGGGAAGAGAAGGACGUGGGUGCAGGUGAUCAGGGUCUGAUGUUUGGCUAUGCGACAGAUGAAACCGACGAAUGUAUGCCAUUGACUGUUGUUUUGGCACAUAAGUUAAAUCAAAAGAUCGCAGAACUAAGACGAAGCGGUGAAUUAUGGUGGGCAAGACCAGACUCAAAAACGCAGGUUACCUGCGAAUAUGUCAUGGAUCAUGGUGCUUGUGUUCCCAUAAGAGUUCACACAGUGGUUGUAUCAUUGCAACACAGUGAAAAAAUUGGUUUGGAGGAACUACGUAAAGCAAUUAUGGAGAAAGUUAUUAAAGAAGUAAUCCCAGCUAGGUACCUGGAUGAAAGAACAGUCUUCCACGUUAAUCCUUGUGGAUUGUUCAUCAUUGGUGGACCACAGAGUGAUGCUGGUCUUACUGGUCGUAAAAUUAUAGUAGACACUUACGGUGGCUGGGGAGCACAUGGAGGUGGUGCAUUUUCUGGUAAAGACUUCACAAAGGUCGAUAGAUCUGCUGCUUAUGCAGCAAGAUGGGUGGCAAAGUCUUUGGUCAAAGCAGGUUUAUGCAGACGUUGUCUUGUACAGGUUUCAUAUGCCAUUGGAGUGGCAGAACCACUUUCAAUUACAGUCUUCGACUAUGGCACAUCCAAACUAUCUCAAAAUGAACUUCUAGAUAUAGUUAAUAAGAACUUCGAUUUACGACCUGGAAAAAUUGUUAAAGAAUUAAAUCUUCGUAACCCAAUUUAUCAACAAACUAGCACCUAUGGGCAUUUUGGACGAGAAGGCUUCACCUGGGAGCAGCCAAAGACAUUAAUUUUCGAUUGAUGAUCAGAACAGAAAAUCGCUAAUCUUCAUGUACAAUUUUAAAAUUUGAUAUUCACGGAUUUUUCACACUACACUUUGAAAAAGUCGUAUUCCAGUUUUCGAGUUCCGUCACACAAUUUUUCUUAAACCUCUUAUAAACAAAGGUCUUGUAGCUUCGAUGUUGCAUUAAUUAUUAUACAUUGCAAGAUCGACAAUGUCUAUUACAAUUAUCCAUUCAAAAAAGAGCAAAGAGGGAAAUUCGUGUUUGUACGACAACUCUUAACAAUUCAUAUUGUCACUAGAGUUAUCAUCCUGCGAACUGUUCUUAGGAAUAUAACCCUAUCGACAAGAUAAGACGUUUAGAAUCAGUGUAUAUAUUCAUAUAUAAAUAUAUAAGAGUUAGUAAUAUCGCGAUCCCUUAAAUUCAAACAUAACCAAUUUACUCAACAGUUUCAGGAAAUGCGAUAUUAUUAACACCUGGUUGAUACAAUAUUGCUUUCUGUCAUAAAGGAUUCUCAUACGAUAUGAAAAUUACGCCUAUUCGAAAUUGGUCAAUCUUUUUCCCACUUUGCUAAAAUGAAUGUAUAUUAUCAGUUUAUGUUUGCACUCAAACGAUUAAUAAUUCUAGUGAAAGAGAAACGUACAUGAAAGCCCAAAGUUACACAAUUAAAUUUCUGGUAAACAUAAACAUUACACAGCUAAAAACAGAUUUGGACUUUCACGUACGUUCGCAAAGUACUAAUACCGCUAAAAAUCUGAGAGAACAUUUUCAUCUCAAGAUAGUACCAAUUUAUACACUUGUCAAAUGCGUCAACGUCUUUUGUUCUUAUUGUUCUUGUUGUAGAUUGACUUUUAACACACACACACCACUUGCAGCCUAUAAUGACUCAGGCAUUAGUUCACCUUUCCCUUUGUCGAUAGUUGUAAUACCUUAAGGGUUGGUAAUUCUUUACUUAAUUUUUUGUUGGUGAAGUGAAGGAAAAGUAACUGUUCUCGGCUGACAUGCUGGGUCAACGAAAUUUGUACUAUACCACAUAAUACAAAGUACCUCGUGGUGCAGAUAAACUAGUAUGUCAUUUUUCCUGCUAGUUUGCUAGGUUGUCAAAAGGAAUUGAUGGACUUUGCGAAUGUAGCGUGGAGGUCAAAAAAUCUCGGAGAACGAUAUACAAGAUAUACACGAUUAAUUGAGAGCAAAUUAUACGUUCCUCAAAGAACGUCAGACUGAUUAAAAUCUAUGCUCUCAUCAAUCGAAAAUUAAUAAAAGUGUUGAUUAUCUAUACAAAAAAGGAAUUUCAAGAAUUGACAAAACUGUGGAACAAAAUUAAAUAAAAUGAAGGAUAUUUCAUCAUUUUAUUAAAAAAUUCUUUUUAUUAUGACGCAUACGAUGAUCUUGUGCAUUUUUACAUUGCCAAUACCAUUGCACGAUAGAUUGUUACAUUAAUCUAAUGAACAGAAAAUCGCUAAUCUUCAUGUACAAUUUUAAAAUUUGAUAUUCACGGAUUUUUCACACUACACUUAGAAAAAGUCGUAUUCUAGUUUUCGAGUUCCGUCACACAAUUUUUCUUAAACCUCUUUUAAACAAAGGUCUUGUAGCUUCGAUGUUGCAUUAAUUACUAUACAUUGCAAGAUCGACAGUGUCUAUUACAAUUAUCCAUUCAAAAAAGAGCAAAGAGGGAAAUUCGUGUUUGUACGAUAACUCUUAACAAUUCAUAUUGUCACUAGAGUUAUCAUCCUGCGAACUGUCCCUAGGGUUAUAACCCUAUCGACAAGAUAAGAUGUUUAGAAUCAGUGUAUAUAUUCAUAUAUAAAUAUAUAAGAGUUAGUAAUAUCGCGAUCCCUUAAAUUCAAACAUAACCAGUUUACACAACAGUUUCAGGAAAUGCGAUAUUAUUAAUACCUGGUUGAUAUAUAUUGCUUUGUGUCAUAAAGGAUUCUCAAACGAUAUGAAAAUUACGCCUAUUCGAAAUUGGUCAAUCUUUUUUCCACUUUGCUAAAAUUAAUGUAUAUUAUCAGUUUAUGUUUGCACUCAAACGAUUAAUAAUUCUAGUGAAAGAGAAACGUACAUGAAAACCCAAAGUUACUCAAUUAAAUUUCUGGUAAAGAUAAACGUAACACAGCUGAAAACAGGUUUGGACUUUCACAUACGUUCGCAAAGUACUAAUACCGCUAAAAAUCUGAGAGAACAUUUUCAUCUCAAGAUGGUACCAAUUUAUACAUUUGUCAAAUGCGUCAACGUCUUUCGUUCUUCUUAUUGUUCUUGUUGUAGAUUGACUUUUAACACACACACCACUUGCAGCCUAUAAUGACUUAGGCAUUAGUUCACCUUUCCCUUUGUCGAUAGUUGUAAUACCUUAAGGGUUGGUAAUUCUUUACUUUAUUUUUUGUUGGUGAAGUAAAGGAAAAAUGACUGUCCUCGGCUGGCAUGCUGGGUCAACGAAAUUUGUACUAUACCACAUAAUACAAAGUACCUCGUGGUGCAAAUAAACUAAUAUGUCAUUUUUCCUGCUAGUUUGCUUGGUUGUCAAAAGGAAUUGGUGGACUUUGCGAAUGUAGCGUGGAGGUCAGAAAAUCUCGGAGAACGAUUUACGAGAUAUACACGAUUAAUUGAGAGCAAAUUAUACGUUCCUCACAGAACGCCAGACUGAUUUAAAUCUAUGCUCUCAUCAAUCGCGAAAAUUAAUAAAAGUGUUGAUUACCUAUACAAAAAAGGAAUUUCAAGAAUUGACAAAACUGUGGAACAAAAUUAAAUAAAAUGAAGGAUAUUUCAUCAUUUUAUUAAAAAAUUCUUUUUAUUAUGACUUGCAUACGAUUAUCUUGUGCAUCUUUACAUUGCCAAUACCAUUGCACGAUAGAUUGUUACAUUAAUCUAAUGAACAGAAAAUCGCUAAUCUUCAUGUACAAUUUUAAAAUUUGAUAUUCACGGAUUUUUCACACUACACUUAGAAAAAGUAGUAUUCUAGUUUUCGUGUUCCGUCACACAAUUUUUCUUAAACCUCUUAUAAACAAAGGUCUUGUAGCUUCGAUGUUGCAUUAAUUACUAUACAUUGCAAGAUCGACAGUGUCUAUUACAAUUAUCUAUUCAAAAAAGAGCAAAGAGGGAAAUUCGUGUUUGUACGAUAACUCUUAACAAUUCAUAUUGUCACUAGAGUUAUCAUCCUGCAAACUGUUCCUAGGGAUAUAACACUAUCGACAAGAUAAAGACGUUUAGAAUCAGUGUAUAUAUUCAUAUAUAAAUAUAUAAGAGUUAGUAAUAUCGCGAUCCCUUAAAUUCAAACAUAACCAGUUUACACAACAGUUUCAGGAAAUGCGAUAUUAUUAAUACCUGGUUGAUAUAUAUUGCUUUGUGUCAUAAAGGAUUCUCAAACGAUAUGAAAAUUACGCCUAUUCGAAAUUGGUAAAUCUUUUUCCCACUUUGCUAAAAUGAAUGUAUAUUAUCAGUUUAAAAUUCAAAAAUAUAUGAAUUCUGUUGUAAAUAAAAUAGUUUUAAUAUGAUUGUGCCACUUAAACUAGUAACAUAUAUUAAUAAAAUAAUUAUACUAUAA